AUGUGGAUGUAAAUGUACAAAUCUCAAACCAACUCGUCACCCACCAAAAUAAGCAAGAAUCACACGCCAUGAGAAGAGAAAAGAAAAGAAUUUGAUUGCUCUUAAUUGCCAAGACAAACGCCCAAACCAGGGUGUGAUUAAUUAUUGUUAAUUAUCACAUCAAACAAUUGGAGGAAUCAUGCUUUGCUACAACCACCCGCGGGUCCCAUCAAAAGACCUCACGCACGCACACAAAGCCAACCAGUCCAUGAUUGUUCACACGUUUGGCACAUUAAUUCAUGAAAUUGAAAAACCCACAACAUUUUACCAAGAAUUAUUGCAAUUUUCCUUUCUUUUUUUUGGUUAAUACUGCUGCGGUAAAGUGUAAAUCCCCUCAUUUCCUGACCCAUAAAUUUGUGUGUGUCUAUAUAGCGUCUCACCCACCGUGUACUCCUCAUCUUUUGACUGUCUUAAACAAACACACACACACUCUCUCUCUCUCUAGAAAGAUUUCAGCUGUUUCUGCAUUUGGGAUUUUCUUUGUUGAUUGUCUCUUUGGAAGGAUAAGCCGUUUCUGGGUGCUGUCACUUUUGUGAGCUGUGUUGGUAAAAAGUGGCAAUCGAUCAAAUUGAAGAACAGCAUGCGGUGGUAUAGCCUGUCCAUUGAUGUUUUCCAGAAAGUCAUCUCUUUGAACUUGUAUUGCCGUGUGAUUCUGUAAAGCCGUUUCAUUUCACCAAACAGCUUUUAUUAACUUCCUUCUUUCUCGACCUUCCACUUUAACCCUAGAAUAGAAUCUUAUUGCCAUGGGAUCUACUUGCUUUGUAGUCAUUCCUUGCUACGUACGCUGGAUUAGCUGAUCUGUUUUCUCUCGUCCCACCUCUAUACCGUUUUUGAGCUCUCUUGCCAUCUGGACUGUUUCUUUCGACUAAGUUUAGUGAUUUAUUUCUAAUUUUUGGCUCACAAUUUGGAGUAGUCAUUUCCCCCUGUCAUUUUCUUGCUUGGUUGUGUGGUGUAAGUUUUCUAGAAAAGGAAUUCGAAAAUUGUUGGAUUAGUCGUCACUCUCUUCUGCGACAGUUUUGUGUGAAUUUGAGAUAAAAGAUUUGGGGAAGUAGUUAUGGUAAGCCAAGCAGCUAGUCAGACAAGAUUUCGAGCAUUGAAACACGAGAGUGGAAUUGCUGGGAGUGCUACAAUAAUAGUUAGAGUAAUAGCAUGCUUUCAACCUCUUCAAGAUUGUCAGGCUGAGUAUUUCCGCCAUCUACUUAAACCUGUCACGUAGAUUAAUUUCUUUUCCACGCGUUCAAGUUAAGCUGGAUUUUGUUUUAUAUAUUUCUAUUUUAGCUCGAAGGUUCAACAAAAAAUCAGUAAAUUCUUAGGUUAUUGGUGUGCUUAAAUGGAAAAGCAUUUCGGAUCCGGGUAUGAUCAGCAUCUGCUGUCAUCUACUCUGAAUCUGUCGGGAUUUCCCUUCACCAACGGCUAUCUGAAUAUGGAACCACUUCAUAGGUACCCUUACCCCGUCGAAGAUUCCACAUUGAGAAAUCUUCCUCCGGUUCCGGGUUCUGGUUUCCAACAGUUGAAGGCAAGUGAACCAAAUAGGUUGCAGAAUUGGUUUGACCAUAAGCAACAUUUCCACCAAGCCUUUGUUCCUGCAUCGAACUCUGCAUCUGAACAGAAGUUUCCUGCAGGCCUAUCUGAUGUCGAACGACUCAGAAGCCCUACUAUACCUGGUCAAAAGAGGUUUCUCGUAUUUGAUCAAUCCGGUGAUAAAACCACCCUCUUAUACAGCUCCGGGGUUCAUACUCCCGUUCAGUUUGGAGCUUCUCAGUUGCCAAAUCCUCCCUCCACCUACAAUUUGGGUAAGGAGGAACUGAGGGAUAGCUACUAUUCGUUAGGUUUGAACGACGAGAAUUUCGAAGACAACUCGAAAGAUGCCACAGAAGAUGAAAUGCAUGAAGACACAGAAGAACUGGAUGCCCUUCUCUGCUCUGAUGAUGACAGCGAUUUCUCCGAGGAUGAGGAGACGAGCACCGGUCAUUCGCCUAGUACCAUGACUGACAAUGGCAUACCAAAACUAGUUGAGGAAACUGGCGAAGAAGUUGAUAGCUUUUCCGUACCAGCCAAAAGGCAAAAGCUUUUGGAUGGAAGCGAUGUUGCCCCAUCAAGCAGGUAUGAUGGGAGCUCUUUGAAAACCUUUGCCUACUCUGAACUAGAAAGUGAUGCUGAGUCGAGCUGUGGUAGUCGUAAGGAGGAAUUAUAUAUCCGGUCGGGCUGCAAAAGGUCGAGGAAGGACAAAAUACACGAAACUGUGAGCAUUCUGCAGAGCAUAAUCCCUGAUGCUAAUGGGAAAGAUGCAAUUGUUGUGAUUGAUCAAGCCAUUCACUACUUGAGAUCUUUGAAGGUGAAAGCCAAGGCUUUGGGGCUUGACGCCCUUUGAACUUCGUCUACAUUCCAUUCCUCGAAAAUAAGGCAGUUGUAAAGACUUCCAUUGUCUAUAAACUAGUCGUUGUUUCUAGCAAAGAUAGUCUUAGAGUGGAUGUACAGCAGAGGAGUGCAGCGUGGGGUAGGGUGGUUAUGCACGUUUCACGUGCUCUCAAUUCUAAAAGACGCGUAGUAUGUGAAAAAUUGCUUCUUGGAAGACACCCUAGAAGUCAUCUUUGAAGUCUUCUCUGAUAUGAUUGAUUUGGAAGAAGCUGCAGCAGCAGCAACAGCCAUGGCUUUUUGAUGAUUUCUUGAUGUCACUAUCAGCCUACAGAGACGACAAAGACGAGCAGCUGUGUGAACGUGAUGGGGCCCAGCAACACGCAGGCGCCCGAGUCGAGCUGAGCUUCUGCAUCACGUCCUUUGUCUCCGUCAUCCGAAAAUUGAGCUUUUUCUAUGAGAUUGGCAUGCGUGGCUUGGAAGAGUUGUACCUAUCAGAAACUGUUGACUUGGAUAUUCAUUUCUGUAGUUUUUUCUUUUUUUGCUCACUUUUGUUAUGUUGCCAGUUGUGAGAGAAUAUUAUUGCAUUUGUUGGGAUGUAAAUGUGAAGUUACGUUUUGACGUUUGUGUUGUUGUAAUGCAGCGUGCAUGUGUUUGUAUUUUGCAGAAACAAUGAGAUGUCCAUUUUCUAAUUUUAAAA